AUGGCGGAUCGAGGAGACAUGCGCGGCAUGAUGAUCAUGAACAGGCAGCUCAAGACGCGUGACUCUUGCCAUAUUGGCAAGCAGAGACAGAAGCGACAUCAGCAGAAGUUGGAUCGCCAAGUUACGGCUCCCAACAUGAUUGUGUUUGCUGAUUUGAUGUUCUCGCCACAAAACAACGGGUCUCGAUAUGUCGCGAUUCUCGUAAUUAUGGAUUGCUGGAGCCGAUAUCUCACUGUGUUCUUGCUGACCGACAAGAGUGGAAAGACUAUGAACAAGUACAUGCAGCGCUACGUGCUGUGGGCGGAGCGCCAAGCUGGUCGUGGGACCACGAAGAUCGUCCAGCGUGAGCACGAGCCUGCAGAAAGCGCGAAGUUUCCGGUUCAACGCGUUCUCACAGAUAAAGGUGGUGAGUUCGUGAUCAGGGAUAUGAAGGCGUUCUAUGCGGAGCGUGGAAUCGAGCACAUCAAAGUUGGACCUAAGAGCUCAUAUCUGAAUGCUGUGGAGCGUGCGAUCCAUCGUUGA